UAGAGCUAAAGAAAUCUCCUGAGAGAGAACAUCCAGAGAAGUUAAUAGGCGUGGAAACAACAGAUGCCUUACAAACUGACCAUGUAGACGUUGUGGUAGAAAAAACAGACAAACCACUUGAUAAACUUGACUCUAAACUUUCAUCGCCAAGAGAGCUCAAGAAAUCUCCUGAGAAAGAACAUCCAGAGAAGUUGAUAGGCGUGGAAUCCACAGAUGCCGUACAAACUGACGUUGUAAACGUUGUAGUAGAAAAAACAGACAAACCACUUGAUAAACAUGACAUUAAAUUUUCCCCGCGCGCAAAGCCACAGAAAUCACCUGAGAAAGAUCAUCCAGAUAAGUUAUUAGGUGUGGAAACCACAGAUGCGUUACAAACUGAACAUGUAGACGUUGUGGUAGAAAAAACAGACAAAUCACUUGAUAAACUUGACUCUAAACUUUCACCGGGCGCACAGCCAAAGAAAUCUCUUGAGAAAGAACAUCCAGAUAAGUUAAUAGGCGUGGAAACCACAGAUGCCUUACAAACUGACCAUGUAGACGUUGUGGUAGAAAAAACAGACAAACCACUUGAUAAACUUGACCCUAAACUUUCAUCGCAAGUAGAGCUGAAGAAACCUCCUAAGGAAGAACAUACAGAUAAGUUAUUAGGUGUGGAAACGACAGAUGCCUUCCAAACUGACCACGCAGACGUUGUGAUAGAAAAAACAGACAAACCACUUGAUAAACUUGACUCUAAACUUUCACCGCGCGCAGAGCCAAUGAAAUCACCUAAGAAAGAACAUCCAGAUAAGUUAAUAAAUGUGGAAAAGACAGAUGCAUUACUAACUGACCAUGCAGACGUUGUUUUAAGAAAACCAGAGAAAUCACUUGAAAAACUUGAUUCCGAACUUCCACCGCAAGCAGAGCCAAAGAAACCUCCAGCGAAAGAACAUCCUGAUAAAUUAACAGAUAUGGAAAUGACAGAUGCAUUACCAACUGACCAUGCACACGUUGUUGUAGAAAAUCCAGACAAACCACUUGAAAAAUCUGAUUUUAAGCUUCCACCGCGCGCACAGCCAAGGAAAUCUCCUGCGAAAGAACAUCCAGAUGAGUUAAUGGGUGUGGUAAUGAGGGACUCUUUACCAACUGACCAUGUGGAUGUUAUUUUAGAAAAACCCGACAAACCACUUGAUAAACUUGACUCUAAACUUAUAUCGCCAGUACAACCAAGGAAAUCUCCUACGACAGAACAUCUAGAUAAGAUAUUAGAUGUGAAAAAGACAGAUGCUUUACCACCUGACUAUGCAGACAUUGUGGUAGACAAACCAGAAAAACAACUUGAUAAACUUGACUCUAAACUUUCAUCGCCAGUACGGCCAAAGAAAUCACCUGAGAAGGAACAUCCGGAUAAGUUAAUAGGCAUGGAAAUAACAGAAGCCUUACAAACUGACCAUGUGGACGUUGUGGUACAAAAACCAGACAAACCACUUGAUAAACUUGACCCUAAACUUUCAUGGCCAGUAAAGCUAAAGAAAUCUCCUGAGAAAGAAUAUCCAGAUAAAUUAAUAAGUGUGGAAACGACGGAUACUUUUCCACCUGACCAUUCAGACAUUUUUAAGGCGACAUCAUUUGGCAAACUUGAUCCUAAACUUUCAUCGCCAGUAGAGCCAAAGAAACUUCCAUCGAAAGAACAUCCAGAUAAGUUAUUAGGUGUGGAAACAACAGAUGCCUUACAAACUGACCAUGUAGACGUUGUGGUAGAAAAAACAGACAAACCACUUGAUAAACUUGACUCUAAACUUUCAACGCCAGUAGAGCUAAAGAAAUCUCCUGAGAGAGAACAUCCAGAGAA